AUGACUGGUUUUGCUAUCAUUUGCACUCUGCCUCUCGUAAAUGGAGCCACAAUCCCUCCGAGCCCUGGCAUCACGCCGACACCAAUAUUGCGCGUCGGCGACCGACUGGAGACUCUGUCGUACGACAGAGAGCGACGAGAUUUGUCUGGCAUCAUAAGCAGUAUAACCGCUAUACCUGCUGCAGUCACGUCGUAUCUUGGUGCUUUACCUAGUGACGUGGCGAACGGGAUCCUACCUGCGUAUACUGGACUACCAACAGCAGAUGAUAUCAAAGCGAAAUAUAAUCUGACUGACGAGCAGAUUGACGCGGAGCCGCUGCAGGUGUUGAAUGUGCCCGGGUAUGCCAACUGGACAAGCAACGGCUGGCAACUCCGGAUGCAUGGCACAGCCUACAAGCAACCUCCUCUUUCUGACUCUCAAAUCGACGACGCAGCCAAACCAUUCCUUCCGAACCUCAACACAUCAUCACUCAACUCGUCCGAACUAGCGGAAUCACGAAAUCUCACCGCCUCUCUCCUUGUGAUCCCUCAAUCUGGCGUCACACUCGAUUUCUUGUUGACAUUUGGAGAGGAUGAGGGCGACGUCGCAAAUUUCACAUUGAGUGGGCAAACGGAUGCAAUUGGCGAGUUCAAUGAAUGGGUGGGGUUGGGAAGCUUGAGUGGCAAGAACGUGCCAGAUGGACAGGGCGGGCUGAACACAACCGUGGUUAACGUGGUUUCUGGGCAGGAUGCUAAUAGCGAACUUAUAGGCGUGGUGUGUGCAGCUGGGAACGCCACAGCGUAUUUUCCGUCAACAGAGGGAGUUACCAUCGUGGCCGACAUCGACGAUAUCCUUCGUAUUACCCAAAUCUACUCUCCAGAGGAUGGGCUUGAUAACUCCUUCGCGUAUGCCUACCGACCAUGGAUGAACAUGCCCGAAAUUUUUCAAAAUUGGAGUAUCUCUGUCCCAAACAUCCAUUUCCACUAUCUUACUACAACCCCCGAACAAGUCACAAGAGCUUACGAGAGUUUUGUAUAUUCGGAGUACCCGCUUGGCUCCUUCGAUGUCCGGCCCGAAAACUUCACAACAAUAGACCAAACACUCUCCAUCCGCAAAGUCACCCUUUUCCAGAUCCUUGAGACGUUUCCGAACAGGAGUUUUGUCCUCAUUGCUGAUACGUCCAAUCCGGAUGUGAUGCAAGAUUAUCCGCUUGCGCGGGCAACGUUUGGGAGUCAAGUUUCUUGCAUCCUGCUGAGGAAUACCUCGGCGACGGAUGACAAGGACCAUUUCCCAUAUGACACCAGUGGGUUUGAAGGGAUAGACAACAGCACGUAUAUGUUCUUCCGGACACCCGAUGACCUCAAGGACAUCGACAUCGCUAACGGCGGAUGCAGGAACACCUCUUUCGCACAGAAUGUGACUUUUGAGUACCAGGGGCUGCCUUCGAAUCUUAGUGGUCUGACCAAUGCAGCGGGGCAUUCAUCAUUUGCACCAUGGACAUUUGGAGGGUGGGGUUUGGUUGUAGCAGGUGUGACAGUGAUGAUAUUGAGUGGCGUCUGA